GUCUAGCAGGCUAGCACUGAUAUUUUGCUUCAAACAGAGAUGCGUUACAUGGAUGAUUAUUUCCUUCAGCUCCAAUCCAUCGUAGUAAUCUUUGCUCUUAUCAUUCUUUGCAAAGUGUUGUGGCAUGGCACUUUUACAAGCUUCAACAACAAACACAAGCAACCACCUCAGCCCUUUUUUGCUUUACCGGUGAUCGGUCACUUGCACUUGCUCCUCAAUGCCCAAACUAUUUAUCAUAAGCUCGGUGACAUGGCCGAUAAGCUCGGGCCGGCGUUCAUGCUUCGGCUUGGAUCCCGACGCACUUUGGUCAUUAGUAGUUGGGAGGUAGCUAAAGAAUGCUUCACCAUUAAUGACAAAGCUCUCGCUUCCCGGCCAUCUAACACUGCCGCUGUUACCCACUUGGCCUACAAGGCUGCCUUCUUUGGUCUUGCUCCUUAUGGCUCUUUCUGGCGAUCUAUGCGUAAGAUAGCCACCACUGAGCUCCUCUCCAACACUCGCCUUGACAAGCUCAAGCAUGUCAUGUUGGCAGAGAUUGAUACCUGCAUGAAAGAACUACACAACCUUUGUGGCAAUAAUAAUAUUAUUAGGCUCGACAUGAAGGAAUGGUUUGGAGACUUGAACUUCAACAUAGUGCUCCAAAUGGUGGCCGGAAAACGGUUCUUCGGGUCUGGUGGCGGCUCGGACGAAGCUUGGAGGUUUAGAAAGGCAGUACACAAGUUCUUUCACCUUCUCUUUGUCUCUGUACCAUCAGACAUGUUCCCAUGGCUUGAGUGGAUGGAUCUCGGUGGUUAUGUGAAGGCAAUGAAAGCAGCGGCGAAGGAGAUGGAUUCAGUGAUGGUUAGGUUAGUGGAGGAGCACAGGGAGAGAAGGGCUUCAGGGGUUGCCGCCAGCGAUACAGACUUCAUGGACAUGAUGCUUUCCAUCAUGCAGGAUGACCAUGAGCUUCAAAGCUAUUUUGAUAAGGAGACUCUCAUCAAAGCUGCUUCAUUGAAUUUAAUAGUCGCUGGCACUGACACGACAAACAUAUCGUUGACAAGGGCCUUAGGAUACCUACUAAAUAAUCAUGACGCACUGAAGAAGCUGAAGACCGAGUUAGAUGAGCAGGUUGGUAAAGACCGAGUUGUGAACAAGUUAGACAUUAAUAAUCUUAUCUACCUCCAAGCAGUGAUCAAGGAGUCACUCAGGCUAGGUUCUCCAAGUGAGCUUCUAGUUCCACGAGAGACCUUAGAUGACUGUAAUGUGGCAGGAUUCCAUAUUCCAGCUGGCACCAAAGUGAUUGUGAAUGCGUGGAAGCUGCACCGUGAUCCUCAUGUAUGGCCGGACCCAUUUAACUUCAAGCCAGAGAGGUUCUUAUCAAGCGAUGUAGCAACAUGUAUUGACGUGAGAGGCAAGAACUAUGAACUUAUUCCUUUUGGUGCUGGCAGAAGAAUAUGUCCAGCGAUUUCCAUGGCACUACAAGUGAUGCACUUGACGCUGGCUAGGCUCAUCCAGGGGUUUGAACUCAAAUCGGUGAGCAGUGUCCCUACUGAGAUCUUCGAGGGUCUGUUCUCCUUGUCCUCGUACUCAGCUCCACUGAUGGUGGAGAUUUCGCCACGUCUCUCUCCGGAACUUUACCAACCUUAGCUAGCUCGCUAGCGACGGAGGAUGCAUGCCUUCUAUAUAACGUAUUGCUUAUGCCCUUGUUAUAUGCUCAGAUCAAAGAAUCUGGCAUGCGUGUGUGAUGUGCUUUGGUUUGCGUU